UUUAGGGGCAUCAAUCGUGCCCGAUAACAACUGGCUUCGAACGUAGUCUCGCGCUCGCGCACUUGUUGGCAGCUCACUCUACAUGCAAUAGCCAACAAGCCACAACCAACAAUCAAGAGACAAGAGACAAGUUCAACUGAAACCUUAAUGUGCUUGGCGGCGUUUAGCAUACACUUUUAUACAUUGUACAGAAAUGGAUCUGUACAAUGCUUUUAUAUCAGUGCAUAAGCCAGUUCCGUAUUAGUUUCUAAAGAAACGCGUAGCUAAACAAUUCGAAAGACUUCUUGAGGCGCAACUAAAAACAUCAGAGUACCAAGUUGGAUAAUUUUGGUUACAGUCUCGAGACAAGCGCAAUUUGAUUAAAAAGGAAGGAAAGAAGAAAACGACAAAAAUACCAAAGUGCAGCAGCUGUAGAGAAUUCUUACAAGUUGUGUGACGAAUGCUUGCUUGCCUUCAAACGACUCUUGCUUUCAAUGACAAUAACAGUGAAACGAAAUUACACAAAAUUACCCAUCGUUCCGUAGCAUAAUAAACCUAAAUUAUGAGAAAGUGAGGGAAAAUUGCUUUGUUUACAUUGCAGUAGCGUAUUUUAAAGAAAGCGCCAAAAAAAAGGAGUACUUAAAAUAAAUAUUUAUAAUUCAUUUAUUGUGACAAAGUGAAACCUUCAUUAUUUGGCAGUUCAACGCAAAAGCUCAAUGACAAACAGAGAAAAAAUACAUAGGCACUUACGAGAAUUUAAUGUGAGGCAAAGUAUACAAGUAAAUGCAAAGUUUCAUAUGUAAAAAUACAAAGAAUAUACAAGUAGAAAAGCUAAACAAAAAAGUGAUAAAUAACAAGAACAAAAGCGAAAACAGAUAACAUACUUACAUAUAAGCUCGGAUAUCGGGUGAGUGUCGAAGCACGCAAUCGGCCGCGAAUAAAUAAAGAAUACAUAUAAUUACUAUUUUAAAUAUUAACGCCAUAUACGCACGAACGCCGAAAUGUCCAGCAUACCAAGUAUCAGCGAUGAACAGGAAACUACUUUGAAGCAGUUCCGCAAGAGCGUUUCCGACAUUCUGAAUGACACGCAUGAUGAUUACUACCUUCUGCGUUGGUUGCGUGCAAGAAAAUGGAAUCCGGACGCGGCCGAGGAAAUGUUGCGUGCGAGUUUGAAGACACGCGCUAUGUGGAAUGUGGACAACUUGGAGAAGUGGGAUGUACCUCGCGCCCUGCGUGAAUAUCUACCUUAUGGACUAAUUGGUUACGACAACGAAGGAUCACCAGUUAUCGUUUGUCCAUUCUACAAAUUCGAUAUUUGGGGCAUGCUACACUGUGUCACACGUUUCGACUUCCAACGUUAUUUGGUGCUACUAUUGGAGCGUUUUAUGCAAGCUGGAUAUGAGCAGAGCAAGAAAUAUGGCCCACAAGCACGUCAGCUAGUAGUCUUCUUCGAUAUGGCCAACUUCAAUAUAAAGCAAUAUGCGUGGCGUCCAGCGGCAGAGUGUGUUCUUUCAACGGUCAAACAGUAUGAGAGCAACUACCCCGAAUUGCUAAAAAUGUGCUAUAUCAUCAACGCACCCAAACUUUUCUCGGUCGCUUUCAAUUUUGUCAAAAAGUUCCUAGACGAGUACACAAUGAGCAAAAUAAAAAUCUACAAGACCGGCUCAGAUAAGUGGAAGGAGCCGCUAUUCUCUCAUGUGAGCCCAGAUAUAUUUCCAAAAUGUUUUGGUGGAAAUUAUGUCGACGAGAAUGGAGAUCCCGAUUGCAAAUCCAAGAUAAUUUGGGGAGGUAAAAUUCCUCAAGAAAUGUUUGUGGAACAAAACGAUGAAGAUAAUGACAAGGAUUAUAGUGAGAUCACGAUAAAUAAGGGCAACAAACUUAAACUAGACUUUCAUGUUGAUGAAAAGAAAGAGGAAAACUUAGUGCUGUCGUGGGACUUUCGCACCUUCGACUAUGACAUCAAAUUCGGCAUAUACAGCAUUGAUAAAUUAACCGGCGAAAAACGUAGCGAAGUGGCGCUUGGCACAGUUUACUCCAAUGAAAUGGAUGAAGUGGGCUUCAUCUCAACACGACCAAAUACGUCAUAUACGGUGGUGUUCGACAACUCACACAGCUACCUGCGUAGCAAACGUUUGCGUUAUUGGGUGAAUUUAGUGUCCGAAGUCGAUGAUAUUACAGAGCUCUCGGCGAGAGUGCAAAAUACGGAUCUAGUCUCGAAGAAUGGUAAUUAAGACGUUUGAGGCGUUACGUUUUUGACAAACAAGAUAGGAUCAAAGGAUCGAUAUAAAUGUGAUAAGUACAGGUUAAUGAAUGCUACCAAACCAAAUAUUCAGACAUGUUCCACGCACAGUAUAUCGAGUCAUAACACACUAAUGUAUGGAUUAUUGAAAGCCAAACAAAAACAAAAACAAACGCGUAUAUGUAAUGUACUUAUAGCAAACCUGCAUUUUAUUUGCUAAGAUAGAUAAACUCAUUUGUUAAAAGAACUAUUGAAUGAAUUGAAGUAAUAAACUAUACUUGUAUAUAUAUAUAUGUUAAAAACAAGAAUGAAAUAAAAAAUAUAUUAAUAAAAAAAAAAUUGUUGCCUCUGUGAAUAAUCUAAUGUCUGUCUAUAAGAAUAUACUUGCAUAUUACGGAGCAGAAUUUUGAAAGAAAUUAGUUCAAAGCUAAAAUGAAUAUAGCUAAGUGUAUAUGUAAAUACCUGCAUAUAUAUGUAAUAGACAUUUGUGAUACUUCUAAUAUACAAU